AUGACGCCGCCGCCCGCGGUUCGCACACCGUCGACACCGCCCGCGCGCCCAUCCAAGACGCCGAAGACGACCGAGACGGCCGCGCCGACGACGCCGUGGCACGAGCGUUUAGCGACCAAGGUGUAUGCGGGACGGCUGGAAGUUAGAGCGACGCACGUGCGCGAGCCUAUCCUCGAGGCCGACGCGGCGUUGCUGAUCAUCCGCUGGGCCGCGUUAUUAUCGCCGCGGACGCCCGUCGUCGAGCUCACGUUGGACGACGCUUCUCUGGAUUUAGAUGCGGAAAUGUCGGCGUCGCCACCGCCGACGACGAAAGCUGACGCCGUCUCGGCGGUGCUGUCGUGGCUCGUCCUGCGCUUACUGGCAUUACUCCUCAGCGACGCGCGCAUCGUGCUGAGGAGGUGCCGCGUCGCGCGGAAGCAGUACGUCGCGACGGUCGCGAGCGCUACCGUGGACGUCUCGCUCUCGCCGCCGCGCGUCGCCGCCGCGACGCCGCGCGACGCCGUCGCGAGCGCCCUCCGCGCCGCGGCCGCCGGCGCGGCCGGCACGCGCGGAUCCGUCGCUCUCGCGGCCGAGGGCGUCGACGCGAAGCGCCGCGCGGGCGAACAAGUACUGGCGGCCGACCGCCUGAGCGGAAGCGGCUGCGUGGGCAUCUCACAUGCGACGUCACUCGAAAUUUCGGGAGAGGCCGACGGCGCCUCCGUACGAGGGCGCGAGCCCCAGGCGUUCCGCGCGACUUUGACCGCGAUGUUGCGCGACGGCGCCGUGGAAAGUGGCGACGGCGCCCUCACGGCCGCGACGGCCGCCGAGGACGCUCUUAGUAUAGCGCUGUCCAUUGAAAAUGGCCGGCGCUCCUUGAAGGUCGAAGUUUCAAAGCCGCUCGACGAGGUGCUGCCCCGCGCUUGGAUGGACUACUUCGGUAGUGGCGACACCUCAAGUGCGUUAGACAUAGAACUCGAGGCGAAGGCGAGGACGCGCGUCGGGUUAGCGAACGACGACGGGUCGGUGGUCGCGUUAGUUGUCGAAGAGGGCGGCCGCCUCGCCACGUCCAAUAAUACGACGAAGGCCUCAGCUUCGCUCGAAAUUGACAUAGACGACGACACGGUUUUGAGGGUCGAGGACGCGCGGCUCGACGCGACGCCAUCCCAAACCGCGAUCCACGCGGCCUCUGCGAUAAUAAGGUGCACGCCCUCUCAGUCAAAGAUCGUCGAGGGCCUCAUGCCCACAAACACAACGACGAAGGGCAAAUUACGACUCGACGUCAAGCGCCUCGAGUGCACUUUAUUUGACGGCGCCGACGCGUCGGACCGAAGGGCCUUCUGCGUCCAUCUUUUCCUUAUGAAUCUGGCGGCCGUCGCCGACAAUGAUAAGGUCGCGGCGCGCUGCGGACAAUGUGAAAUAUUCUCGAGGGGCCCGCGCGCGACGUCGGACGCCCCAGCCCUCAAGGCAUUCAGCGAAGGUGGGGAUGCUCUGAUCGUGCGGUCGUCUCCGGAAAAAUUGGAGGUCGCUUUGGCUGUCGUAAAGGCGGACCUCGACGAGGCGGCGCUAGUUGAUAUGAGAGGGUGUGCGGACGCGUUUGCAUCAUCCUCGUCCAGUGUUGGUGACGUCGCCGUGACGGCGACGACCGCGACGGUCGCUUAUAGAGUUGCAAAUGGCGCCGUGACGUGCGAAGGCGACAAUUUACGCUACGCGACGAACGAGGCAUCAUUGGCUUCACUUAACAUAAGGGCGGGUCCGUACGAAAAGGACCUCAUAAACGCGUCGACCGUGUCCCUGGAAAUUAAUGAAGCGUACCGCGUCCAAUGCGAGGCCUGCGACGUAUGUUAUCAGGGCGCGGCCUGGGGUGUUGUGUUAGAGGCGUGGGCCGAGGCGCUGCCUUCGUCAUCAACUACUUCUGAGGACACGGUCUUCGCCCUAAAGGCGCAGCGCGCGACGGUCGGCGCGCCUGGUUCCCGCGCGGGGUUGAGAAUGGCUCGUUUAUCCGCCUCCACCGUCGAGUGCGCCGUCGACGGGUUGGGAAGAUGGGCCGUCGCCGCCAAACGGCCGCGGCUCGAGACAUUUGACAAUUCUUCCGUGAAGCAGCUCGCCGACCUGGGUGGCGAACUUUCAUGUACGGUCGAUUGGGCGUCGGACGACGGCUUGAUUGUUAAAGCAAGGGCGCCGGCCGUCCGCGCGACGGUAGCGUUAACGAGGUACGACCACGAUUUAAUAAGGACAGUGGUGUGGCGCACGUUGUCUGGCGGCGACGACCCCGUCGUGCCUUCCGACAAGAGUUUGAGGGUCGAAGUCGAGGCGGGCGCCGCCGACUUGAGACUCGAGGACGUCGGGCGGAUCGCGUCGACGGGCGUGCGAUUGGAAGUGAUACGACCCCACGGCGCCUUUACCACAUUUGCAGUUAAGUGCGCGGCCGCCACGGUCUACGACCGAGCUAGGAAGACCAUCGCGUCGCCCGAGAGCACUGGUGCAGAUGCCUUCGAGUUUAGUGUAGGACACGGCGACGCCGACCUGAACGGUAUAAGGGCGUCGCUCACGUCGUUGACGGCUAGACAUACAUCUAUAAUCUGGCGCGCCGAGGCCUGGUGGGCCUUCCGGGAUUUCUUUCGCUACGAGUACGUCCGCGAUGCGCGGGACGGCCCUUCCAAUGAUUUUCCUCCUACCGUGGAAGACGACCGGCCCUAUGGCUUUCGCCUAGCGCUGGAGAAGGGCCGCGUCGCCUUACCGCCGUCGCGCAAGAGGACGACUUCAUUAGAACUGCGCGGCGCGUCCGUAACCUACGACUACGACUCGCGCGAGGCCUCUCAUAGAGGCGCGUGGACCGCGGUUGACGUAAACGCUGUUUGUGGAUCGCUGACACUGGAAACCGUGGCCAAGGCGUCGAUCCAUCUCUCGCCGGACGGGACGCGACGCCAUAUUAUUAUAGAGGGCGCCAAGGCCAUCAAGGCACCUUCUGAUGAUGUUUUUGCGGACGGCGUCAGGGACGCCUUCGGGUGUGUGUACCGGGCGCUCGGGUACGACGACGACGUUUCUGAUGAGACGCCUUCUUCAUUAUUACUGCUCGAGGCGCGCGUCGAUAGCAUCACGGGUAUUGUUGGAGACCGCGAGGUAUCAAUAAAGAGUCUCGCCUACGGCCGCCGGCGCGCUUCCCCUCAAAAGGCGUGGCUCGAGGCCGCGCGCGCCGCGUCCGUCGAGGUCUCUUCCGUACAAAAUGACGCGCGCGGCAUCCUCGGGCGACUAGCACUGAACGCGGCCCCGAAAAGCGUCGCCGGUUCAUUAGAACAGGGCUUCCGGGCCGACGCGCAGGACGACGGCGCCUGGGUGUUGGACGUGCCUCGUGUUUCUGUCCUAGAGCCCGGGGCCAUAGCGUCAUUAGUGGACGCGAUGGCCACGCACGCGCCGUCCUCAAAUGAAGCAGGGAGUUUAAGAUUGGCCCUCGGGGCGCUGGUCGUGCAGGCGUCCCCCGAGACGAUCAUACAAACGGGCGCCUGCCGAUUGACAAGAGACGCCGACAGCACGUCCGCGAAUGUGAAAGAUGUGUCCUUGACCGUCGACGAUGAUAGCGUGAUAGCGUGCGCCGCGCUCACGCUGUCGUCGUUCCGCGGGCGCGUGGCCGUGGCCUGCGACGCGUUAUGUCGCGUCGACGCCGCGCGAUUGAAUGAUGCGAAGGAGGCGCUAACGAACCUCGCGGCGCUCGCUCCAAAAAGCGGCGACGCGUCGCAGGAACCUUUGACGCUGGCCGUCGGCGACCUCGACGUGGCGCACGGUGCUUCUGUGUUGAAAGGCUCGCUGACCGCGGCCUAUUCAGGUACCAAGGUCGACGCACACCUGCAGACGGUCGAGGCGACGCACGGUGCUUUGAUACUUGCGGCCCCUUCGUCAAUCGACGUCACGUUUGAAACAAACACCGGGGUGUUGACUGCCGAGGCGGCGCCGGUCGACUUGAGAGCGGGCGCGGUCGCCUGCCGCUUCGGUAAGAUAAACCUGCGGCGCGACGGCCGGGGCACGGCUUUGAUAGGACGCUCCAUGAGUGGCGGCACGGCGACGUGCCAAGUUAAACUAGAACCGGACGACGGCAACCCGGCGCGGCCGACGGCGGUGCUCGCCUGGGAAUCCGAUGCAGGCUGGGACGCCGUGUUGGUCGCGGACGUCCCAUUAAAGGCCGACCCCUUGGACGUGCAGUUGCGGACCCUGCCGCGCACCACCGUUUCCAUUGAUGUCGGCGGGACGGCCGUCGAUAUUCGAGACGCGUCCCUCGCGUGGGAGGCGGGCGCGCUGAAAAUCAACGACGCCGCCGUGUCUGUGGGUGCGACGUCAUUUACGACCUCGGUACAAAUCGAUGCAAGCAUACCGCGGAUCUCCGUCCACGCGCCUUUACAAUACGAGCUGCCGCCCCACUUCGCGAAAGCAAUCAAGAGUGUGGUAUCCGUUCUCAUGGCGGGCGGUGGUUCAGAAGAGUGCCGUGCCGCGUCGCAGUUGAAGGAGGGCGCGUUCCCUAUGUUAGACGACGUUCUAUCGUUGUACGCCGCCCUCGGUACACGCGACGAAGAGGCAAUGCCGCGCGUGCGGACCUUCGCCGGCGCCAAACUAGGCUUAGUGUUGGUGCGGAGGGGGGCCCGAAUUAUUGUGGAGGAGGUCGGCGGCGACGAGGCCCGGGUCCUGGGCGUGCGCAAAGGUGAUACUUUAUUGGAGGUCGCUGGCACGAAAAUUACCAAUCAUACGGUAGCGGACGCGGCCCGGUUGAUCGGCGCGGCGGAGCGGCCGUUGUCAUUGACGUUAUUAGCCCCUGUUGUUCCUAAGGAGGCGUCACCGCUAUCCAUCGAGCUCGCUUUGCAUGGCGGCGCUUCUCUCAUUUUGACGCGAAAUGAUUCUACACCAUUAUUGAAAGUGUCCCUGGAUACGAUAGCGGUCUCCGCGACGAAGAUCGACGUUACUGGCCUAGGAAUAGACGGGUUUAGAUCGAACGCCUGGGAGCCCGUGCUCGAGCCCUGCGGCGCUACCUUAGUUUUGGCCACAGAGGGCGCCGCCGUGACUUUUACAGAAGAGCUGCGCGUGAACGUCUCGUCGUCCCUGGUGACUACCGCAAGGGAGGCCUGCGCGCCUCUUCGUGGAGAGGGAAACGCAGGAACCCAGAAGCUGGCGCUGUCGUCGCCCUCCACCGCCAUAUCGUUCAUCGAGGGCGGGCCCGAGGAGCCGCAGCGCGAGGCCUUUGUUGUGACGGUGGACGGUUUGUUCGCGACCUACGAGAGCGGUUUGAACCUGAGGCUGGCGUGUACAUCGAUCCAAGUCGACGCGCACGGCGACGCGGCGUUCCCCGUCGUGUUGCGGCCCACGCCCAAAAGAGACGAGGAGGAGUCGAACGCGCCCUUCGUGGCUUUGUCCAUAGAUGGCAAUGAUGAUAGUUUGGGCGGUGCGCUGCACGUGACGCGAUCUCUAGAUUUGAAUAUCGACGAGGCCACCGUCGUCCGGGCGCUGGCUUUGUUCCAGGCGCUGCAACUAUCGUCGUCUUCACAAUCGUCACGUCAAAUCGGCCGCGUCGCCGCGUCGCGGUUAAAGGCCCGAUUGUCCGUAAGGUGGUCGUCGACGGGCGACACCGUCGCGCCCGAGCUCGCCGCCUGUUUGCCGGCUAUUGAUACAUCGUCGACCCUACGAAAGUUACUCGACGUCUUCGCGGCGGUUGAAAGAUCUAGAGUGACGCUGCCGCCCUUUGAGGUCGAGGGCUGUCAAGAUACCAAGGCGUUGACAACCAUAGCCGCCCAGCACUACAAGAAGGCCUUCUCGAAGAACGCGUUGGAAAUUGCCGGGAGUCUACGGGCGUUGGGCAACCCGCUGGGCCUCGCCAGAGGUAUACAAAGAGGCCUCGAGGACGCGGUGCGCGAACCCAUACAAGGCUUGUUGAACGCUCAAUCAUCGGACGAGCCGCUCGAGGCCUUUGCGGUCGGCUUCGAACGAGGCGCGCGCUCGUUGGCGAAGCACGCGGUGGGCGGCACAGCUGGAAGUCUAGCACAAAUCACGGGAAACAUUUCGAGGGCCGCCUCCCACCUAGCUUUAGAUGAUGCCUACCUCGCGGCCCAAAGGGCCAAGGACGAUGCCAGAAGAGACGGCGACGCCGCGGGCGUUAUUGACACUCGAGAAGAGGACAUCGCGGCCGUCGACGGCCUCGCGAGCGGCUUCGAUUCGUUUGUCGGCGGGAUUGUGGAUGGCGUCACCACUCUAGUCCAGGCGCCAGUCCGCGGCGCCGAGGCCGGCGGCGCGGUCGGUGCGGCCAAGGGCGCGGCGAAGGGCGCUAUAGGUAUGGUCGUCAAACCUGUGGUAGGUGUGGCCGAUGCUGCGACCGAUGUUCUCAGAGGUAUUCGGGAUACGACGGACGAUGUGGAUGAGGACGGCGACGAGGAUCGACGGGUGUUGGAUUUGUUGCGCGAUUCCGUUUCAUUGCAAAAACGACCGGCUCGGGCGCUUUAUGGAAGGGAGCGCGUGUUGCGGGCGUAUUCUUAUAAUGAUGCGCGGGCUUUAUCGAUGCUCCUCCAGGCGUGCGACGAGCUGCUUGGUGAUCUUCCACCCGGCGCGGACGCUUUUUUGGAGAGAGUUUCUCUGGGAAACUCAUCGGAGCUCGUCGUGGCCGAGGGCGCCGUGGCCUUGCUCCGCGAGACCGGCGUCGACUUCGUGGCGCCCGCUUCCCUAGUCCUCGGCUGCAAGCGCGAGAAAUCAGGUGAGGCGGUCGUGCUCAUCGCGGCCGCGGCGCCGACGUCGGGCUCCGUGGCCGAGCCGCCGCGGCGGCACGUCGUGCCGUUCGCGUCCGAGGCGCACGGGGACGCGCUCGCGGACGCGGUCGGGGAUAUUCUUGCUCGCCGCGCUCUUGAGGCGGUGCCUAGCUUUUAACUUGGUGUUUUGUGGU